AGGCAUUGCGUUGCCUCGCGCCCUCAGUGGCCUGCCCGGAAGAGGGGCGGGUCUCGGGCCGGGGACCCGCCUCCGGGCGUGCGGGGCGGCCCCCGGCGAGUGCUCUCCGGGCGUGCAGUGCUUGCAGCGCUUCACCCAGUCUAGCUCGCCGCCAGCCGUGCCCCGCCCAUUCUCCAGGAAGCCGCCAGGAAGCGCACGGGCUGAGUGGACUCUUUCACUUUUCAGCAGGGCGGUUUCUGAGAGGCGGAGUUCAGGCCCCCAUUUCCUUUCUCCCGCGGCGUAAUCCCGGGCGGCGGCGCCUGGACCCGCUGGCUCCGGACACUCCCGCGCCGGGCCCUGCGCUGUGCGCGGCGCCAGAGGUAGCAUGGGCGGCGCCCGGGACGUGGGCUGGGUGGCGGCGGGCCUGAUCCUCGCGGCCGGCGCCUGCUACUGCUUCUACAAGCUGACGCGCGGCCGGAGACGAGGCGGCCGCCGGCUUCGGCUGCGCCCCUCGCGGUCCGCAGAAGACUUAACCAGUGGAUCAUAUGACGACACCCUAAAUGCUGAACAAGUUCAGAAACUCCUUUACCUGCUUGAAUCAACUGAGGAUCCUAUCAUUAUCGAACGAGCUUUGGUCACCCUGGGUAACAAUGCAGCCUUUUCAGCCAACCAAAUCGUUAUUCGUGAAUUGGGUGGUAUUCCAAUCGUUGGAAGCAAAAUCAACAAUCCCAAUCAGAGUAUUAAAGAGAAAGCUUUAAAUGCACUGAAUAACCUGAGUGUGAAUGUUGAAAAUCAAAUCAAGAUAAAGGUAUACGUCAGUCAAGUCUGUGAGGACGUCAUCUCUGGCCCCCUGAACUCUGCAGUGCAGCUGGCUGGGCUGAGGUUGUUAACAAACAUGACGGUGACCAAUGCCCACCAGGACAUGCUGAGCAGUUACAUCACAGACCUGUUCCACGUGUUGGUCACAGGAAACGGAAGCACCAAGGUUCAAGUUUUGAAGCUGCUUUUGAAUUUGUCUGAAAAUCCAGCCAUGACAGAUCAACUUCUUGAUGCCCAGGUGGACUCAUCAUUCCUUUCACUUCUUGAUGGCCAUGUACCAAAGGAGAUUCUUCUUCGAGCUCUCACACUGCUUCAGAACAUAACAAACUGCCUCAGCGAAGAGCGCCGUUUAGCUACACAGCCAGCUUUCCCUGCAGGUUCACUGUUUUCCCUGUUGUAUGGAAAAGAAUGUGCCCAGAAAAUGAAAGCUUUAGUUCAUCACCAUGAUGCCGACGUGAAGGAAAAGGUAACAAUGAUACCAAAAUUCUAAUUGGUUGGUCAUAGUUUUCCAAAGAGUAAUGCAGUCCAGAAUUAAUACACAGAGAUUUCUCAUUUUUCACCUUCCUCACAAAGAGAUUCUUUUAACUGCUGAAUUUAAAUAGUAAAUAUCAUGUACUGUAAAUACAUUUCAUCUUCAACACAGCUACACCUUGCCAUGAUCUUCUGGUUUGUUUUGGACCAUUUUAUUGAUACUAAAUGAAUAUCAAUUUCAGCUUGUUCUGCAACUGUUUUUAUUUUGCUUUUUGCUAAGCUACUUCAGCUAUUCCCUCUACAUGGAGCGACAGUGACCUUUUGUGUGUAAGCUCCCCUUCCCUUGUCCAGAGGGAUUUGCAGUUACUCCACCAGGACAGCGACACUGUUUCCUAACUGCCCUAGGAAGGGCCUUGUUCUCCUAGUAGCAAUGAAAUCAUGUGCUCCCAAGGCCACCUGCCACUCAGGUCUGUUCUAAUCAUAGAAUCUACUUUUAGUCCAUGAAAACUUGCAACUGUUAGGAAAAAUGUUUCCUAAUACCCACUCCUGUUUACAACAUACUGGUAUCAGUCAAAACAGAAUGCUUCUGUCAUUCACGUGUAGGCCUUUUGGUACAUCUAGAAGGAAACCCAGUCUCCUGAGAGUAGGAUUGGAGAGCGAGGAAACGGCUUUUCUUUGUACAGGAGCUUAGUCUAUCCAGUGUUUAAAAUUUAUGCUCAGGGUAAGAAAUUCAUAGGUUUUUUUUUUUUUUAAGUAGAAAAAAGUGGCAAGAUUAUUUUCUCCCUUUAAGUGAAAAGUUUUAUUCAUUAAUUUUCAUCUAUGUUUUACAUAACUAAAAUUAAAGACAAAAAUUCUCAGCAGUUAUUUUAAAUAGUAUCUUUGUCCCAUAAGCUACUGUAACAAUUUGCUAUAUUUGACUUCCCCUUCUCCACCCCACAUCCCCAUGUUUUGUAAUAUUCAAGUUUAUGACCACCACCAUGCUUUGUUAUUAAGUAAAUCAGUUUGCAAGCAGAAGGUUUCCUAUUCAUAUAUUUAAGGCAAGAGUACUUUGAAUUUCAUUUCUAAAUAUAUAGAUUUCCAUAGGAAGUUUACAAAUCCUCAAACAGAAAAAUGUGCUUUCUCAGGGUUAUACAGAUACAGAAAUAAAACGGGAGAAGUAUUUUUUACAGUAGCAAACAUUCAGUAUAUGAUGAAAAUUCUCAACUAGCUGUACAUUAUGAGUGCUAAGAAUCAUUUUCAGUGAUGCAAACGUGUUACUUCCCUGAAAGGCACAUUUCUUUAUAACAGUUUUGCGUAGUCUUCCUCAUUUAAUGAAAAUAUAUAUUCAAAAUGUACACACAUUAAAAAUCAAGAUUAGAUUUUAAUGUGCUGUAGCAGCACUGAAUUCUAAAACUCCAUCUAUUCUUUUCCUUGAACAAAUAACAUUUCCUGGAGAUCAGAGCAUUGAGUCUAAAAUGUCAAACUGCUAGAGAAAAUUGGCAGGGGGGAGUCAUUUUAACUAUCUAGAAAGAAUUACACAGUGAAAAUGCACAAUUAGAUCUUUACCUUUGUAGGUCAGGGCACAUCUUACUUUUUUAGGUGGUCCUAUUUGAUGGCCCCACCCUCUUGGGCAGUGAGUAUCAAAGUGUUCCUCCGACCACAGGAGAAGUGAAUUUCAAUAAAAUCUUACAUGUUGGUAUGGAUGCUGGCUAAUCAAAGAGAAAAAUGAAAUUGACUUAGAGGAUGAGACAAUUAAACUGGAGGGAACAGAGGGGAUUUGUCUAAUUUUUCAAAAUCUGUCUUUGCACAUAAAACCCUUCAAAAUGUAGAUAGGAAAGAUGAAGCUCAAUGUACUUAAGGAACAAAAUGCCAAAGUGGAAAGAAUGCUAAUAUUGAUAAAAAUUAAACCGUGGCGGAAGCCUAGAAAAAUGAGGCUGGUCCAUUUAAAGUGCUUGGAGACCUUCAGUUAAACAAUACAUGUGAAAACAAAGUUAACAUUAAGGCCCUCAAGGAGGAAAAAUAACUAAGCAAGAGGUGCAUGGCUUGCUUCACAGAGACGCGGCAAGAGAUGAAUUUCCAGUCUGGCCUGCAAGCGAGGAAGGCAACCACAGAGCACUGGCUAGGAUUAGGGCGACACGGGCCAGAGCCACUGACCAAUAAGCCUGACGCCCGGACUCCUGUCUGCUGGCGAAAUAUUCCUUCCGAGUGAAAGUGUUGGUUUGUUUUUUUUUUUCCUUCUGAAGGUUUAUUUUAGGGGGAAAUUUUAUGUGCUUUAGUGCCCUCAAAUCAUAUACAUUCACCUGUAUUAUACACACAUUUCCCCUUAACAGAUUUGCUGCAUCUUUGUAGCCAGAAAUACUGAAAUUUUUAUAAAGAUUAUUUACAUUUAUUUUGGCUAUAGCUGCAAAUUUACAAAAUGCAGGAGAUAAAGUUGUCAGGCCUCAAUGUUUUACUGCCCCUGCCCCUAUAUAUGCUUGAAUAUAUCAAAAUAUAUCAAAAGCAGUAGCCUGUUUUCCACGUUCAAAUCUACCUAUCUGUAGUAGGCAGUGUAUUUUCAAAGUACUUUAAAAAAAACAAACCAGUGACUAUUAUUUGUUCAGGUUUGGAGGUAGGUGGGAGUCAUCCUCUUGUUGCAUGUGAGGACACUGAGGCACACAGAGUCCACGGCAGAAGCAGGACUGAAGUUCAGAGUGAGUGGCCAACAUGCAUGUAUUACAGGGCACUGCCUGGGUAGCAUUUGGUGUAGAAAAACCUGUACUUUGAUUAUUUUGUAUGAAUAAAAUUAAUUUUACUGAGACUCGACCAGGAAGACAGAAUAGGCUUCUGCUCGGCUCUCCCCCUUAGGAGGGGUCACAGUCACCAAGUGCCUGCAGAGCCCAUCUAUGACUAAAUCCCUGUCUCUUUUUAACCACUAACAUCCCACACUGGCUUAAUACAAGUAGAACCAUGCUUAAGGAUCAUUUGAUAUAAAAAUAUAAGACCUCACACUCAUGUAAAACAUAGAAUACUUAAAAAUCUUGCUGACAUUGAUGAGUUUGAGCUAAGAAACCAGAAAAAAAAAAUGAGUAUAUAUACACAGAGAGGAGAUAGAAUAGGGAAAAAAUAAAAAUCCAAAGUAUAUGGUCUAUCAACAUAUAAGAUGUGCAUUUGUGUUUUUAAAUUAUUUCCUUGCAGCUAUAUUUGUGCUGAGCAGGAAUGACUUUUAAAUUAAAAGCAGAAAAUUUCAUAAGUCAUGUCUCAUAACCACACUUCCCAGCUCAGAGGGCUUCUGCUAUAAGGAUUGUAGAUGUGCCAUAGAACAUACUGUUCCUCUCUUUAAAAAAUUGUCCUUACAAAUGGUAACUUAGCCAAAACUCCUAUGUUUUUAUGUUUAAAAAAAUAAAUCACUUACCAUUUGGUAUAAUCUUAAUAGAGCACACAUUGCUAUAAGCAUAUGGGAAUCAAUGUCAUCAUUUACUCUGUGACUAUAAAAAAAUGUUUUUCUGUGCAGGCCUCUAAGAAAAUCUAGGUAGGUAUAUAGCCUUGACUUACCUUGCAGAAGGCCCCUAAGAAUAAAAACAGAGAAGUGAGUUUUUAAAAGCAGUUUUUCAUAACCUCAAAACUCUACCAUGAAAGUAGAAUGCUUUAGUUUAAAAAAAAAAAAACCAUUGCAGUGUUUAUGUCACUGAGACAGGACCUUAAAUAAUGAGUUGGCUAAUAUGGAUUUUAAUGACCCACCUCUGAACUCUUAUUUAUAUGGACCAGCAAUCAUAUUAGUAUCAGGUGAUAACAGAACAUAAACCUAUAGAAGUAGUUUCCAAAUGUAAAGAAUCAUAAUAUUCAUGAAUUUCUUACUUAGUCUUUUCACAUGUAUAUCAAACGAUGCCUUUUUCAUGAAAAGCUCUUAUUAUGUUCAUAUUACUCAACGUCUUCAUCAUCAGUAUUAAGGUGUCUUGAUUCGCCAUGCUUCAGGACAAAAAAAUCCUCAGUCUUAAGUCCAUAUCUUUCUAGAGCUUCACAUAGUUUCACUGGAGGCUCUAAAUAAUGCUGGCAAAGGGCAGAGAGAAACAAAAAUGGAAAAAGAUUAAGCACACCUGUAUUUGAGGGGACAGUUCAAACAAGAUUUCAACUAAAAUAGCCCACAUAGCCCAACAUAGCCCACUUAAAAAUAAUAUCUUUCUGUUUCAUUGAAAGAUUAUCUAUGAGUCACUUUCUAACAUAUAAUCAUUGUUGAUAUAAGUGUCACAUGUAUCCAUUUAUCUAACACCAUGUAUGCCAACUUUGGUGCCGACUUAGACUGAACAUAGACUGCAUGAACUCUGAUCGCUAUUUUCCCUACAUGAAAUUCCAGUCUAAACGGAACCAGUGCUAAAGAAUUGUUACCAAUAUUUGGGGAGAAUAUAGAAACAGAUUAUAAGGAAGAGCAUCUGUGUGUAAGCAAACUCUAGAGACGAUAUUUUUGGCUGCAGAAGGGCUGUCAUCCCCAGGCCCCCGCCAGACACCACUUCUGUAGCCUGAGACGUGGAGAGGGAGCUGGAGAAGAUUUGACCAGUGGAGUUUCAUUGUGUUUCCUCACCUUUUCACAGCUUAAAAUUUUAAAAAAAAAGUGAAGAUAGCACACUACUGAAGGAUGUUUCAACCUACUCAAAUGUUUUCCAGAUAAAUUAAAACCAAUUGAAUGUGUUAUAAUUAUUAAAGUAAAAGGUAUAAAAGAUAAUCAUUUCACCAGUUAUUUCUCUUUUGAGUUAAAUCUGUACAUUGGAUAGUGGCUAUUUUAUAUCAAAUAAAGGGGAAAAAAACAGCUGUUACAGAAAAGGUGUUUUUUUUCCAUUUCAAUCAGAAAAGCUGUAAAAUGUGAAAGUUAAAGCAGGAGUAAAAAUCA